UGCGAGGCGAUUCUUCUUUGACUUCGUGCGCCAGCUAUCCGAUUGGGUGCAGAACAAUCAUGCUCUGAAGGAAUGCCCCAAAUAUCUGCUCGGCUACCACAAAGUAUCGAAGCAGGAAGCUAUUGAAGUGGCUGCUAUUAUCCUUCGAGCCAUAACAAAAGAUUCCAAGAAUGCUCCACUAGCGCAAAUUCCGCAACUGCUGAGCGAGCUGGUGCCCUCGGAUAUCAUGAAGAUGACGUCGACGAGCGAGUGGAAAAAGGUCGGUUUCGAGCCAUUCACACCCAUGUUCUCCAACAAGCAAGGUUGCUUUCGAAGUUGCAAUAAGCUUCGAGAUCCAAAAAAUUCCCAUAAUCCUAGUAACGUCCACAACAACACAAAAAAGAAACGAGGCCCAUA